CCAUCAGCUAUUGGAUACCCUUGUGAGAAGAGAAAGCAUGUGUCGUGAAAUUGAGAGGAACAGGAAGCCCCUCCGGAGAAGCCAUUUGGCCUGCAACCAACAUCACAUCUUGGUUCGAUCCCAAGCUCCAUCCAAUUCCAAUUCCAAUCCCAAUCCCUUUAUCACUACUUGAAGAUUCGUCUGAUAUCCGAAAAGCUUACGUUCCUCAAGUGGAUAACUCUUCAAAUCAGUCCCUCCGCAAUCACAUCGACGCUCCCGUCACCGCUGGCGACCGGUUUGGGGAAAAGGCGUAGACGAUGACGAGAAAACCUAGCAGCUGCGCUAUCUGUGAGAACUCAAAUCUCGCGUCCAUUUGCACCGUCUGUGUCAAUUACAGAUUAAAUGAGUACAACAUUACUUUGAAGUCACUGAAGAGUCGACGGGAUCUACUUUAUUCAAGAUUGAGCGAAUUGCUUUUGGCAAAGGGUAAGGCAGAUGAUCAACUUAGUUGGAGAGUGCUUCAAAAUGAGAAGCUGGCAAGAUUGAGGGAGAAGCUUCGUCUUAAGAGAGAACAGUAUUUUCAAGGGAGGACUAAGGCUGUUAAGAUGUCAAAUGAUUUAAAAGUCAAAUAUGAGUUACUUGAAUCUGCCAUGUCUACUUUAGAAAGAAAUCGUGUGGAACAACUAGAAAAGUUCUACCCUAAUCUCAUCUGUACACAGAGCUUGGGGCAUAUGGCUAUUACCUCUGAACGUCUUCACAAACAGUCAGUUAUAAUUAAACAGAUAUGCAAGUUAUUCCCACAACGUCGGGUGAAUAUAGUUGGGGAGAGGAAAGAUGGACGUAGUGGUCAAUAUGAUCAAAUCUGCAAUGCCUGUUUACCAAGAGGGCUUGAUCCCCAUUCAGUUCGUUCUGAAGAACUUGCUGCCUCUUUGGGAUGCAUGGUGCAACUUCUAAAUCUUGUUGUUCACAAUGUUGCUGCUCCAGCACUUCAUAACUCUGGCUUUGCGGGUUCAUGCUCCCGAAUAUGGCAACGAGACUCUUACUGGGAUGCUCGUCCAUCUUCUAGAAGCAACGAGUAUCCACUAUUUAUACUGCGCCAAAAUAGUUGCUCCACUGGUGGGGAGACUUCAUGGUCAGAUAGAAGCUCUAGUAAUUUUGGUGUUGUGUCAAUGGAAUCAGAGAGGAAGGCCCGUUUAGAUUCUUCAGGCAGUAAUAGCUUCAAUUAUUCAUCAGCUUCUCCACAUUCUGUUGAAACGCACCAGGACCUGCAGAAAGGGAUUUCACUUCUUAAAAAAAGUGUGGCAUGUGUAACAGCCUAUUGUUAUAACUCAUUAUGCUUAGAUGUUCCUGCUGAGGCAUCUACUUUUGAAGCAUUUGCAAAGUUGCUAGCCACAUUGUCUUCUUCCAAGGAAGUCCGAUCUGCUUGUUCAAGCAGGUCAUCAAAGCAAGUCCAGCAAUUAAACAAAUCAGUAUGCAAUGUGAAUUCAAUCAUUUCUUCAAGCACUUUACUGGAGAGUGCACAUACACAACCGAUAGUGAGAAACACCUGGGAUAAUAACCUGCCAAGUUCUGCUGCCAGUUUUCUUUACACAACUGAAUCAUCUGAUAUUGGAAAAAAUGAAAACCUUAUAGAAGAAUGGGAUCUUGUGGAGCAUCCCACUUUUCCUCCACCUCCGUCACAAACUGAGGAUGUUGAGCAUUGGACACGAGCCAUGAUUAUUGAUGUAACAAAGAAACGAUGAGGUAGCGUGACCCUGUUCAAUUUAUAGGUUCUGGGAACAGGAUAGUUAUUGAAAGGCGGGAAGACAGGAUGAAGUGAGAUGUGUAAAUCUUGCGAGAUCACUGAGGUGGCUGACUUGACAUCCAGCACCAUUUCUAUUCCCAAACAAGAAGGAACAGAAAGAGGCAACUGAAUGCUUCCUGUCAUUUGUGUAGGUAGUUAUAUAGUUACUUAUUAGUGUGUUGCAUAUUCAAGUGUAGGCAAAUUUAGAUUUCGCCUAUGGUUCUCUUUGGGAAAGAUUGCAUUGUUUCCCCCUGCGGUUUGUAAAUUGGGUUAAAAGAUAAGCAGUCCGACAUUGAACCUCUCGUUGUUUUCAUGCAAAGUAUAUGAUCUCGUCUCUUUAAAUGUUUGUUAGGACGGGAAUCACAAACUGUUAAAUUUAAUGGAUAAUUUGUCCAAAAUAAUAGAAGCGCUGUGUUAUUUGUACAAAUUAUAGAG